GCAGCAUCGGCAAUCAAGGAGGCUCCACAUUGAUUGCGACCCUUUGUCGUCAGUUCCCUGUCAAUGGCAAUGGCGAUGGCGCGCGGGCUCUUAUCUUCAAUGGCCCCUGGCACGACGGCAAUCGCCCCCUCGUGUAGAGCGGUAAGGUUAGUCCACGCGGCGAUGGGGGCGGCUAUGGAGGAGGGUGAUGCAGUUCACAACAUGUUCGGAGACAGAGUAAUAAGCAGCUGGUACAUGCAGUCGGGGAAGAAGAAGAAGCCGGACGACCUUGCCAGUUGCAGAGUGUCAGCCAUAGCCGCCGCCAUCGCCAGCGUGCACAAAGCACAUGGACCUUGCUCCUGUAGGGGAAGAAGAAGGCAUGGACCUGUCCACUGGCCCCAGGAGCGUUUCCCACGAGCACGUUCUGUGGCUUACGGAACGUCUCCUUCACUUACGGAACAGAGUGGGAAUCGGUACGGCAGCGGCAGUCGAGACAGACGACCAUCGUCAUCACCAUUGUCGCGACCACCGGGAUCGCACGGCCACGUGGCGGUCUCGAAUAACGGGAUCGCACCGGGAUCCGCGUGUCGGGUUGCCAGAGCGAACCAUGCGAGAGGUCGCAGCCGCGCAUCACCAUGGUCGCGGCCGCUGGGAUCGCACGGCCACGUGGCAGUCUCGGACAACGGGAUCGCAUCGGGAUCCGCAUGUCGGGUUGCCAGAGCGAACCAUGUGAGAGGUCGCAGCCGCGCAUCACCAUGGUCGSGGCCGCUGGGAUCGCACGGCCACGUGGCAGUCUCGGAUAACGGGAUCGCAUCGGGGUCCGCGAGUCGGGUUGCCAGAGCGAGCCAUGUUGUCUUUGCUGAGCUGGCAGCAGCAGAUUCUGGGUACUGCCAAUCAAAGCCGGGAGGGGCAGAGAUGGCUGAUUUCAGAGGGGGCGCCCAAGCUCUCCCUCUCCCUUUCCCUCUCCCAUGCUUCGCGCUGCGAGCGACCGGAGCGGCGGCAACAACAACAGGGCGUGAUGGAAACGACAACGACAGAGACGCCAAAUUGGCGGGAAAAGGCUCGUCCGCCGCCACGUCAGCAGCAGCAGCAGCAGCAGCAGCAGCAGCGACGUGGCCGUCGUCAGAGUGAUCAGACUGCUCCCUCCGACACCGUGCUGCGAAGGCGGGAGAAUUGGGCCUGUGUGAAGGGUUGUGGCGCCUGUUGCUUUUUGGACAAGGGCCCCCACGCGCCCCCCAUUGAGGAGGUUUUGCGAGAUCCAAAAGACGUAGAGAUAUUCCGUAGUAUGGUUGGAGUCGAUGGAUGGUGUGUGCAUUUCGACAAGCACUCCAAGAAAUGUAGGGUCUACGAUGAACGGCCACGAUUCUGCCGCGUGGAACCGGAGGUCUUCAAAGAUUUGUAUGAUGUGGAUGAAGACGAGUUGGACGAAGUCGCCUGCACCUUCUGCCUGGACACCAUUCGGGAUGUCUAUGGCGGCAGAUCUGAUCAAAUGAAGGCCUUUAAAAGAA